AUUGCUGAUGUUUGUGAAGUGAACAUCGCAGAUGAAAACAUGAUAAAGUUAGUGAGACUUGGUAAAUUUCAUAAGGAUAAGAAACGCCGUCCAUUGCUCGUUACCUUCUCAACCCCAGAAAAAAAGUGGAGCUCUUUAAACGAGGUGGAAAGUUGCGGGAAAACAUUGAAUUCAGUGAAGUACGACUUGCAAAUGAUUUGACACGCACAGAGAGGGAAAAUGAAAAGAAAAUGUAUAUGAAAGCCAAGGAACUGAAUAAAAAUGGUUCGGGGGAAUUCAAUUACCGUGUGCGAGGUCCACCUUGGGCAAGGAAAGUGGUAAAGCUCAGGAUGAUUGAAGGAGUGCAGAGAAGAGCUACCAAGCAGAUUCCAGGAUUGGCAAAAUUAAGCUAUGAAGAAAGGUUGAAGAAACUAAAACUACCAACGCUGAAGUACAGGCGCCACCGAGGAGAUAUGAUUGAAGUGUACAAAAUAACAAGUGGAAAGUAUGACCCAUUAGCAGCAGACUUUAUCAAGUUAAGGAGAGACCACGUUACUAGGGAACAAGGAAGAGGGAAUUCCAAGAAGCUGUUUGUACAGAGACCGAGACUCAAUAUAAGAAAAUUCAGCUUCAGUGUUAGAACUGUCAGUCUAUGGAAUAGCUUACCAGAGGAUGUUGUAAGUGCUAAAACUCUGAAUACUUUCAAGAAUAGACUAGACAACUUCUGGAAGGACCAGGAUGUGCUCUAUAAUUACAAAGUAGACUUUAAAACCGAUUACACCGGUAGUAACCCAAGUAGUCACAAAGCAAGUUUGGAGUCCGACGAAGAGGACCUUGACAGGACCUGUGUUGGAAAAAUACCAUAA